UUGGGAUUUUCCGGUGAACGUAUUUGGCAAUCCGGAGCAAGGCUUUCUUGUCCUGGGGGGCAACGACGUUGCACUUAGGCAACCUGACGGGCGUUCCAAGCUACGAGAGAUUUGGAAAAAGCAGAAAUAGUCGAGGCCAUGGCCAAAACCGAUUCGAUUUGGGAGCGCACGCACACAAUACAUACAGCAACAAGCAGCAACAUCAGGGGGGAGAGGCAGCACCCGCUAGUAGCAAGCUACCGGUAGUACGUACCAAGAUUGCCAAAGGCGUUAGGAGGCAAUCGUGGCAGCGACGAACAGCGCAAUGCUGAUGCAAUAGGAUCAGUCGAUUUGGGUAAACAGGCGAAGGCAACAAAUCGACAUCAACAUCGACAUCGACAGCACCGACAUCAACAGCAGGUACGAGGUGUUCGAUCACCGGGAAUCAAUUCUUCAGUCCCAACAACAGCAACGCAUCAGCAUCAGCAUCAGGCUGCUGAACAUCCUCCCCGAUCAGUAAGGUACCGUAGAACAAACAUCAUCAAUUGAACGAGCGGUCUACUACAGUGUAGAGAACGGGAUCAAGAACGAGUUCGAGCGUUCUGAGCAACGGCUUUUGACCUGCGGUCCUCCUGGAGAGCUCAUCAGAACCUCACAGCAAGCCGUAUUGCUUGUCCUUGCGAGUUUCACUGCCUGCUCCCCUGACAAACAUAUCCUGCGGGAUCACUUACUUACUUACUUACUUACUUACGUGUGAGCUAGCUUGUGAGCUUACUACAACGGUAUAGCCCGUAGACGAGCCAAGCUUAGCCGCCUCGUCACCAUGAAGACUUAUCAAAGGCAAAGGACGCAUCCAGCCUCCAACACAACGCCCGCUAGGUACAACGGAACGAGCAAACGAACCAAAAAUGCUUCUCGACACUACGACAACACGGACUACUCGUACUCAUCCUCUACUCGGCGCUACCGCGAUAGCAAUUUGGCCAUGUGUCUUGACGUGACACGAGAUUUGGCCAAUGAAGUCUACGACUUUGCACAACCGACAGUCGUUAAAGGGAUCACAUCGGUGCAGGCAAUCGAGUUGAAGGCUCCUCAGUGUGGUCCGGGAAGAGCAACUUCCAGAGGACGCAGCAGGAACAGCAGUACCAGCAAAAAGAGGUACAACCAACGACCGCGUAGACACGGCAGCAAGGAGAGUGUCAGUUCCACAAGCAGCUACGAAUCUACUACCCUCCACGACAACCCUACAUUUACAAGUAGCUGGAGCGACAACCGGACGAACUACGAUUCCAGUGAUACCGGUAUGUCUGAACGAAGUCGGAAGCCCAGGAGACCCCUCACUAGACGAGGACGGAGUCCUACGUUCCGGAGCAAAUCGGUCAACGCAAGCAAACGAGACAAAACUCCAACCGUGUCAAUGAACCCUGACAACUACAUUUACAUGGGCAAGAGAAAAGUCACCAUUGCAGAACCAGACCUACAUUCGUACUUGUCCCUCGCGGAAAAUGGAGGCAGUGCCAUUGCACCAACCACGAACACACCACCUGCAGGCAAACAAACAGUUACUGAAACCAAUCACGACGAAAAGCGCCGGCAGCCGCUCAGGAGAGGCUCAUUCCGCCAGAGCAGCUUUGGUGCAGAGCAAGAGACGGCAUUAGGAGUGGAACAGUCCGUAAGCAGCUUCAUUUCUAUCAAGAGCCCAACGACGGAGACCCCACAACGAGGCUCUCGCGACAAUGAUGGUGGGGAAGUUGAUCAGAGCAAACCUGCUUCGCAACUGGGCAUGGCAAAGAUCAUGAUGAGCACAAAAAGCCGAAUGGAAGCUCCGCCAGAUGCAGCAAUCGGAGAAGACGCACUCACCGUCUUCAGUCGAAUCAUGACGGAUUGUACUUCUACAAUGGGGUUGCCACCAGACGGGGUUGUUCCUUUGGUGCAGCCACCUCCACCACCCCCCACAACGAAACGUAGGAGCAAGAGUAAGACUCUGGAAGACCAUCUGUCGUCUGCGGUGGUGAUUCCAGAGUCUCCCCAGCAAGAAUCAAACUCGUCGCCUCGAUCGACCAAAUCAGCUCAGCGACGAGGGUCGGCGAAACAGAAAUCGCCCAACGAAAAGAGGAAAGCGUCGAGGUCCAGAAAAAAAGAAAAGAGAGAGCAGGAAGAAGGAAAUCCACCUGUAGACCUUAGGCAGUCACCGAUGCAAUUGCCUUCUUUGGAUGAUCACAGGGAUCAAUGCAACAACGUCAAGAUUGUUGUGGGCAAAGGAUCAGAGCAGGAAGUCUUUUCCCACAACUCACACGUCCUUCUCUACAUCAGCGACUACUUUUCUCAAGUCAUGGAACCUGAUGCCACCGGCGAUGUUACAAGAUACAGUAGUGUGACCAGACAAUCUCCACAACAGGGUUGGGCGAUUGACUUCUCACACAAUCUGGUCAGUGAGUGGAAGAUGUUCUAUCCCUUCUUGGAACCGCCCGUCAAGCGCACGGUUUCGGUGGAUAUACACAACAUGCCCAUCUUAUUGCCGUGGUUUCACAAGUUCAAACUGCCUCUGUUGUUGAACCAAUGCGACAAGAUGCUGUCCUGUCUCUACUUUCGACCGCCUCCGUUAGAACAGUCGGCGAUCACGCGGGCCACCAUCAGUGAUCUCCAAGACGUUCUCUUGUUGCUCUAUGCUGCUCUGUCUUGUGACCUGCCUCAAACACAGCAGCUGGGGAUCAAAGUAGUCGAGACCUACUUGAAGGAGUCUCCGUUUCUCUUUUACUACAAUUCCAAUGGUUCUGUGAUGCAAAGACUGAUUAUUUUGCUGCAGUGCUUUCCUCACUUUCAACAGCAACUGUGGGAUUCUGCGAUUCGAUCAUAUUUGCCGACGGAUUUGGCAGCCACGUGUGAUGUAGAAUCACCAGCUGGACGAGACCAGCUCCUGCAGAACCCACUGUUUCCCUUCUUGCUGCGAGAAGGGUUAUCCAAGGCAAAGGUCAAGGCGAAGACUCGACUGUACCUGCGUUCCAAGCACCAGCAACAAAACCAGCAUCAGCAAGAACAUCAACAAGGCCGUCGCUUUUCGUCGACUACAAAUCCAGACGACUAUAGUGUUGAGGCGAACAGCAUACUAGCUUCUGGCAGGAGUGCGUUCAGUUUCAUGAACAAUUCCACAGCGAGUGGAACCCAAGGAUCGUUUAGUGCCGUGAACAACUCGACUGGGUCUGGUACUGCUACAAGUGGAAGCCAAGGUGGAUCCUGCUCUUCUCCCUCUCUCCUAGAGGGACUAUCACAAGCCUCUUCCAUGGCUGGGAGGUCCUCGUACUUAAACCGAGACAAGUCCAGCAAUAAUGGCAGCCCCACAGAGCAGCUGGGCACGGAAGAAGAAGAUUCUCCUCCGCUCGAAAUGUCCAUUGGCUUGGGAGAGUUGUUUUGGGGUCCAGGUUGGAACGAGGAGCCCCGUUUAUCAUUGGAGAAUCAUCAACGCCAGCGAGAUCGUCGCCGUUGGCUGGAAGAUAUUGUGAACCAGCUCAAGUCACACGCUCGACAAGAUGCACAGCUAGAAAUCGAGCGAUCAAGACGACACAGCGCCGCAGAAGCGGAAGCACCGACUUUUGGACCAUCGAUGGGAGCACAGAGCUCCGAAGACAGUCUAUUGGACGUCCAGACGGAAGAACUCCGACCACCAGAAGUCUCAUCAAGCAAUAACGUGACUACUCCUGAUCGCGAAGGAAGGACAGGGGUACUUGCCAGAGAUGCGACAGCAUUGAAUAGGUCACCGACUUCAGUCCGAGAAGAAGCCAGAGCCGCAGUUCCUGGACAGCCUUCUUAUGGCAAGCUUGUCAUUCAGCCUGCCUCUCCAUCACCGGACGAUCGGACAGUGACGACCGACCCUAACUCGUUGUCAGCCGGCAGCGCCCACACAGCGGGUAGCAGCAAGCUGUCUCACGGCACGGCGAGGCGAAUGUUUGGUCGGUAGGUUGCUAGCUACUAGCUUCUGUGUUUUGAGUCGGUGAAUGGAUCGCUGAUGAUUGCCACAGCUGCUAGCUUGGUUGCAAGCAAGGCAACAGAAGACUGACGAAUGUAUGAAUGAAUGGAGACAGCGUGGUUGGCUGCACGCAGUUGGUUGAUGUUUCGGCAAACCUUUUGCUUCUGUCUGGCUGGUUCCUUUGCCAACGAAGGCAGUGAAUGGAUCACUGAUCAAAGUCUGGGGAUGGUCAAUCAGUCAGAGGCUCACGCAAGCAUCAAUCAAUUACGCGACAGCCGUCUUUUUUAUUAUAUGUAAUAUUCAACAACAAAAACAACAAGAACAACAUGAACAAGAACAACAAGAACAAGAACAUCAAAUUGGGCCCGGGAUGUGUGCCAGUGAUUGGAUCGCUGGCCACCAAAUAUGGGUGGGAUUUGGGAAAUGGAAAUUUGGAAACCAAAGACCGGUAACUAACUAACUAACAUGAGAGUAUCAUAGGUUUCGUUUUUAUAUGAC